AAUCUUUUAGUGAGGAGGAGAGUAUUACCUAAAUUCAAAGUACUACUUUUAACAAAUACGAAGCAUUCAAGAAUUGAAACACAACACCAACAAUAAAAAAGUAAUUAAACAAAAAAUUAAAACAUGGAUAAGGAACACCUGGCCGGGUUUUGGCUUAAUAUUUUAGGCAUUCGUGGUUCAUUGGUUUGGAAUUUGGAUCGUGGCAGCUGAAUAAGCUCCAUGGACCAGAGACUGGAAGUGGAAGCUGGGACAAAUCUGGGGGGGACCCAAAUCCUAUUUCGCCGGAAUUUCGCCGGGGGCACUUGCCCAGGCAUGCCCCCCUCUCCUCCGCCCCUGUUGAUGUACACACAUAUCAAUUCUCAGAGCACCGAUGUGAAUACAAGAGAGAUGUGGAGCAUGGCAGCGAAGACAAGGACUGUUGUGGCGGCGGCGGCGGCGAAGGCUUUGAGGGAGGAUUUGAUUUAAUAAUAAAGCUACUUCUAUACCAAAGUGUUUGUGUUUUAAAUAAUUAUAGAUAUUUGGCAUAUUUGACGCCUUGCCUAAACAACACUUUCAUUUACAAAAUGAACAAAAUAUUUAAGAAACUCAAUUACAAAAUUCUAUAAGCAUGUUACCUACUUUCUAGAAUAGUAGAUUAAGACACUAAUUGAUGAACACUAAUUAUGUACAGUACUUCCCACUUGUAUUUGUAUUCAUACCAAGCCUCUCCACUAUAAAUAGAGGCCUAAUCCCUGCAUUGUAAUCACCAUUAAGAAUAAAAAUAAGAGUGAAGAGUUAAUAGAGAGAAGAAAUCAGAAAUAUAUUAUAUCUAUUCUCAUAAUCUCUGAGUAGUUUUUCUCUCAUUUUAUAACACGUUAUCAGCACGAGUUUGCUCAAAAUCCCAGAAACCUUGUUCUUCUCAGAAGGUAUAUUUAUUUUAUUUUCUUCAUAAACAAACUAAAAUAUUUUCUUAAAAACUAUGAGAAGUAUGCUCUGUGAUUGCCCAAAGUUGGGAUCCUUCACAUCAGAAACUUAUAGUUAUAAAAAUAAAAUUAGAUAAAUUAAAAAGGAAUAAUAUUCCUCAUAAUAUCAGAAAAUCAUGUUUUUGAUAAAUUAAAACAAAGUAGAAUUUAGUACAGAGUAGCUUUAAAAUAAAAUAUUAAAAAAAAUAAAAAUAAAAAAGAAAAAUUAGAAUUCAAUUAUGAACAUACCUUAAAUUAAACUAUGCAUGAAUGGUAGACUCCCCUCCACGCAUAUAACUUUCUUAAAAUUUAUUACUUGGAACUCUAUGGCACUGUUUUCUUCUUGUUGCAAUUUGCAAAUAUAUUCUUUUACGAAGUAUAUAGUUGGUUUGAAAGAGAGAGAGAGGGGGAAUGAUAUAAACACUCCAAAACUAGUUGAGGAGCAUUCUAUUAUUUUCUCUCGUACUCUCCACUAAAUUGAUUUGUCUUUU